GUCAUAAGUGACAGCUCGCUGUGUUGGGAGAUUAGUGCAUAUCUUGUUCUGUGCUAGUUAUUUGUUGAAAUUGGAGCUUUGUUUAUUAUAUAGUUUACUAUCGGAGGGUCAGAUUAGGAACCUUUAAUUGUUUAAGUUUCAUGCUCAACUAUGUCAUCCUAUAAAGAACUUUCCGAAGAGAUUGUAACAUGUCCAUACAACGAGUCGCAUCGUAUUAUGCGGAAACGUCUGCAGAGGCAUCUGGUAAAAUGUCGUGAGAGUCAUCCCGAUGUGAAGCUCGUUCGUUGUCCUUUCAAUAGUGUGCAUCAAGUACCUGAGCCCGAACUGAACCAUCAUGUCUCCAUCUGUCCAGAUAAGGCCCUGAUAGAUCAAUAUCGCUACAAUGUAGCGCCGGCGGUUAAAUCGGAGCGUAAUGAAAUUACCAAACAACCGAAGGUCAGCUGUGAUGAUGACUGGGACGACGUGCAGGUCGGAACAUAUGAUCCAAAAACAUAUGUGAAAAACGCGCCCAUAGUUAAGUCGAAGGCUAUAGAGAAGCUCGCAUUGUUAGAUGGAGAGUACUACACCGACGAAGAGGAUGAGGGCUUAGCCCCGGCGAGGAAGAAGAGGCGGCAUGCAGAUGACUUACGCUCCGAUGAUGAAAAUUAAGCGAUUCUUCGCCAGUAGCAGUACUUUAUUACAUUUAUUUUAUCAAUAGCAACUCCCAAGUUUUUGUAUGAUAUUGCAGAGAUCUGUAGGGUGGUUUGAUCAAUCGGGAAAAGUCGUUUAAGUUCAAUUUGUAUUCGUGUAAUUUAUGUUUAAGAGGAUGCGUUAAUAU